AUAGUGUUGUUUAGUUUUAACUUGAAGAACACAACACCCCCACUUUACUCUCUCGCCUUUCAAUAUUUCCAAAUUUACAGUUAAAAACACUGCAACUCCCCCCCGCCCCCGCCCUACCCAAAAAAAUGAUAGGCGGACGAAGGGAAGGUGGGUUGAUGAGAAAAGCAUCGCAGUCAGUGGUGAAAUCAACAAUAUUAAUAGCUGUUGCCAUUGGGAUUUCCAUUGGUUGCCUCUUCGCUUUUCUUUAUCCUCACGGUUUCCUCUCUUUCUAUUCCCCUGCUUUCCACUCCCAGGUUCUAUCUUCCAAAUGUGAAUCAUCUCAUAGGUUGAACGAGUUGAAAGCAGAGUAUGCGGCCGAAUUGGAGAAAAACGAAGAGUUGAGACAACAAGUUAAGGAGCUUACUGAGAAGGUUAGGUUGGCUGAACAAAAGAAAGAUCAUGCACAGAAACAAGUCGAGGCAUUGGGUAAAUGGCGUAAAGCGGGGCCUUCCGGAACUGUUAAAGGUUUAAGUACAAACCCCACAGUGAUUCCAGAUGAACCCGUUAAUCCGAGAUUGGCGGAAAUUCUGGAAGCUGUUGCCGUCGGAAGAGAGCUUAUAGUGGCACUUGCAAACUGGAACGUGAAGGAGUCGUUAGAGAUUUGGUUCACAAACAUUAAGAGAGUUGCCAUAACUAAUUAUUUGGUUGUUGCUUUGGAUGAUAAGAUCACUGAAUUUUGCAAGUCAAAUAAUGUUCCAGUGUAUAAGAGAGAUGCAAAUGAUGGGAUUGCUUCCAUUGGGAGGACGGGGAAUAACCAUGCUGUUUCGGGAUUGAAAUUUCAUAUCUUGAGAGAGUUUUUGCAGCUGGGGUAUAGUGUUCUCCUUUCGGAUAUCGAUAUUGUGUAUUUGCAAAACCCUUUCGAUUAUCUUUAUAGAGAUUCAGAUGUGGAAUCCAUGACCGACGGCCAUGAUAACAUGACAGCUUAUGGAUUCGAUGAUGUCUUCGACGAACCUGCAAUGGGAUGGGCUCGAUAUGCACACACAAUGCGUAUAUGGGUUUUUAACUCUGGUUUCUUCUAUAUCAGACCUACAAUCCCUUCAAUCGAGCUCUUAGAUCGUGUGGCUGGUCGCCUUGCUAAGGAACCAAAGUCAUGGGACCAGGCAGUUUUCAAUGAGGAACUUUUUUUCCCUUCACAUCUCGGGUACGAAGGGCUUCAUGCUGCUCGGAGAACUAUGGAUUUCUAUCUCUUUAUGAACAGCAAAGUCCUUUUCAAGACUGUUAGGAAAGAUGAUAGACUGAGUAAGCUUAAGCCGGUCAUUGUUCACAUAAAUUACCAUCCUAAUAAGCUCAAACGAAUGAAAGCUGUCGUGGAAUUCUACGUUGAUGGCAACCGCGAUGCAUUGAAACCUUUUCCCGAUGGUUCAGAAUGGGAAUGGUAAACUGUGCUUUACCCAUCACAACUUCACAAGUCAGCAACUGGUGCGAAGGACUCAUCCUGUAAAUGGCUCAAACCGAAGCAUAUUCAUUACACAGAUACGAGUACACACAUACACAAAAAAAAGGUGGUUCAUUCUGUUUAUUCCCUACUUGUGCAGAAAGUAAAAGCAACUACCCAAAGGUACAUAGUUUUACUUUAUUCUAUCUUUGCUAUUAAGAUUUGUUCUUUGACUGCUUUGAGUUUUUCCUUUUGUAGCAGUUCAAAGUUUGUACCAAUCGAUACGAACUCCUUGAUUCUUUCACCUUUUGAUAUGUCUAUUCAUGUGAAGAAGGCUUAACUAGGGUUUAUGCUUGAAAUUUUGAAUAUAUUGAAGAACCUUUUUAGAACAUCUACACUUCUUCCAUUUAGAGUAAAAAUAUUACCCUUUUUCUUAUUGAAGGAUUCCCAAAAAUAGGCGUAUAAACGAGUGGCAUGAUCGUAGUGGAUGUAUUAAUCUCAUUUCGAAUAAGAAAAUGAAGACCUUUGUGUA